AUGGAUGAAAUGGGUGAAGAGCCAGGUAGCCAGUGUACAGAUUUCAGCACCACUGGACCCCCAGACGUGGAGUGUGAUGCGUGUGUUGGAAGGAAGCGUAAAGCCGAGCAGUCCUGUUUGGAGUGUGUGGCUUCGUAUUGUGAAGCCCAUCUAGAUCUGCACAACACUCUGCAUGCUGGGAAGAGACACAAGCUGGUGGAGGCAACGGAGAGACUGCAAGAGAGAACUUGCCCAGAGCAUGGAAAACUGCUGGAGGUCUUCUGCCGCACAGAUCAGCGGUGUAUCUGUCACCUGUGCAUUACUGAUACACACAGGACUCACGAUGUCAUCUCCAUUGAGGUCGAGGUGGCUGAGAAGAAAAUUCAGCUGGAGAAAAUGCAAAGGAAGACAACUGAGAGAAUUCAGACCCGUGAGAUGAAGUGGCAAGAGUUGAGACAAGCUGUUGAGGCUUUCAAGACGUCAGCUGAGGAAGCAGUGGCAGAGAAUGACAGACUCUUUACUGAGCUAAUACACUCCUUGGAAAAGAGACAGUGUGAAGUGAAGGGUCUGAUAUUUGCUCAAAAGGAGGCUCUAAUAAAGCAGGUUGAAGAUCUCAUAGAGAACAUUCAACAGCAGAUCACUGAGCUGAAGAAGAGACAUGAUCAACUACAGCACCUGGAGCAGCUCUUUCAAGAGCACAACAACAUCCGAUUUCUAGAAGAUUCAUGUUCCAUCUCCCCCCUUAUGAAGCUCAUCCAGAACCCUGUUCUGUUAGUCCACCCAUACUGUUCAUUUGAGCCUGCUACUGAUGCUGUUGCAGAGGUUAUGAAAAAACUGAACUUAAUCUGCCAGUGGCAAUUCAUCACAAUCUCAGAAAGAGUAAAAAACACUGGUAUUGUAUCUUCACCACUACCAAGAACACGGCAGGAGCUCUUAAAAUAUGCAUCCGAGCUUACUCUGGACACAAACACAGUACAUGAAAACAUCUGUCUGAGUUUGGAUAACAAGCUGCUUACAGCUGUCCGUGAGUCAGAGUACUACCCUUUCCAUUCUCAAAGGUUCGAGAGAAGGUUACAGGCAUUAUGCCAAGAGGGUCUGAGGGGGUCUCCGCGAUACUGGGAGGUGAAAUGUGGUGCCAGAGGAACGUGGGUGUCCAUUGCCGUCUCCUACAAAGGGAUACGCAGGACUGGAAAGCAGGCUCCUCUUUUUGGAAGAAGCCAAAGCUCAUGGGCCUUACGCAAAUAUAGGUCCUUCUAUCAAUUCUGGCAUGAUAAUAAGGAAACAUACAUCAGCAGCUCAUUCCAUGGGUCCACAAUAGGAGUGUAUCUGGAUCAUGGUGCUGGAAUACUGGCCUUCUACAAUGUCUCAGACAACACAAGCCUCAUUCACAAGGUCCAGACCAAGUUUACUGAGCCUGUUUAUGCAGGCUUUGGACUGGUAGGGAUAGGCUCUCAAAUCAAACUGUGUGAUUUAGAUUCACAAGACUAGGGACAAAAGUUGGGAGAGUAGGGAAAUGCAGAAAAAAUGUUUUAUCUCAUCAACGUUGUAGUUUUUUUUUUAGUAUACAGAAAUUUCAAAUUUGAUGCCUGCAACACAUUCCAAGAAUGUUGGGAUGGGGUGCUGAGAGCCUCGUGAUGUUUUGGAACUUUCCACAGGUAACCAGGAGAAUAGGUAACAGGAAAUACUAUCAAGUUUGGGUAUAAAAGGAGCAUUCACAAAAGGUUCAAGCUGCACUUUGCAAAUUGUUAUGUAAGCGAAUAGCUAAACCACUACUGAAUUACCUGUGACCUUCAAUUCCUCGAACGGCACUACAUUAAAAACUGACAUGCUUCUGUAAUGAAUAUCACCACAUGGUCUUAAGGAUACUUCAGAAAUCACUUGUCAAUAAACAUUGAUUUUUGCUGCAUCUACAAAUGCAAUUUAAAACUCUACUACCUAAAGCACAGGCCAUCUAGAAAUGCUGUUGAUUUCUAAUCUGAGAGGGAAUGACACAAAUUGGAAACAUUGUGAGGUCUGACAACGGAUAUCAUGUUUACUUGGUCAAAAAGGAAAAGGACCAUACCAAUUUUUAACAACAGUGUUCAUAAGCCAACAUCUGUCAUAGUAUGGAGUUGUGUACACCAGGAAUGCUGAGGGAUAUUUUGGAGAAACAUAUGCUGCCAUCUAGAUGACGUCUUCUUCAGGGACAUCCCUCCUUGUUUCAGCAAGACAAUACCAAGCCAUAUUCUACAUGCUUGGCUUCCCAGUAAGAGAGUGCAGGUGCUAGACUAGCCUUCCUGCAGUUCAAACCUGUCUCUCAUUGAAAAUGUGUGGUGCAUUAUGAAGUGCAGUAUAUGACAAGGGAGACCCUGGACUGUUGUACCCAAUUACUGAAUGUGGGUGUAGUCAGAUGUCAGUAAUCUAGAAGGAUAUGUAUCUCCAAAAUGUGUUGAGCAUUAAUAAGGCUUUCACAGAUACAUAAGUUACUUGUUAACACCCCCUCCAUACUACAACAGACCAUGGCUUUUGAACUUUAUGCUGGUAACAAUCUGGAUAGUUCUUUUCUUCUUUGGCCCAGAAAAGACAACAUCCAUUAUUUACAUAAACAUAAUCUGAACAAUAGUCACACCACAAUACAUUUUUCCACUAUGCAGCUGUGCAUUUCAGAUGAGUUUGAGCCCAGAAAAGAUGGCGAUGGGCCACAUCUGGAUGGAAGACCCAGCUUUAUACUUGGCUGGAAUGAACCAAGACAAAUUUUGCCAGCUGGGCUCUUUCUUUCUCUACUAAACUUGUCAUCUCUGAACUCAUCUGUGUUUUUGUGACUAGGAUCUGCUUUGUUUUGCUCUGUUUAUUAUUGGUUGUCUGUCUUUUUAAUUUCACAUUCUUCUAAUUGGUUUAUUUUAUUGGUUGAGCUAAUAU